CGGACCCACACGGACACCACCGAGCACUGCCGGUCCCCCAUCUUGGGAGGCACCCCCCCAAGGAGCGAGAUGUCUAUGAACAGCACCGCCCUGUCCCUGGACAGCAUCGCCUACAUCACCGUGGAGAUCUUCAUCGGGCUCUGCGCCAUUGUGGGCAACGUGCUGGUCAUCUGGGUGAUCAAGCUGAACCCCAGCCUGCAGACCACCACCUUCUACUUCAUUGUCUCCCUGGCCCUGGCUGACAUCGCUGUCGGGGUGCUGGUCAUGCCGUUGGCCGUCGUCAUCAGCCUGGGCAUCAGGAUACACUUUUAUAACUGCCUCCUCAUGACCUGCCUGCUGCUGAUCUUCACCCACGCCUCCAUCAUGUCCUUGCUAGCCAUCGCGGUGGACAGAUACCUGCGGGUCAAGCUCACCAUCAGAUCCAGGAUUCCUGCGACCCCUGGGAACAUCUUGCCAUUCCAGUCGAAGACUCACUUCCUUCCAGUCAUGGGGUCCUUGAUUCUGCUUUCCCUGACUCUCCUUUCAGAUGCCAUGGUCAUGGAUGAAAAGGUCAAAGAAAACUUUGUGCUGGACACAGUUUCGGCCGUCUGCAGCUAUGACGUCUACUAUAAGGAUCACCCCAAAUACUGGUGCCGGGGCUACUUCCGGGACUACUGCAACAUCAUCGCCCUCACACCCAACAGCACGGACCGCGUGGCCCUGAGGGACACGGGGAGCCAGCUCAUCGUCACCGUGUCCUGCCUGACCAAGGAGGACGCGGGCUGGUACUGGUGCGGCAUCCAGAGGGACUUCGCCCGGGAUGACAUGGACUUCACAGAGCUGGUGGUGACUGACAACACAGGUUUUUGGUCCAGGAAAAUCUCCCCAGCCCUCACCAGAGAUUUUUGGAUGGGGAAAGAUCUAUCAGGCAAUAAGACCAGAAGCUGCAGGACUUCCAAGAUUGUCCACAAGGCAGAUCGCUCCAGGUGGUCCAUUCUCAUCAUCUGCAUCCUGAUCACGGCUCUGGGGGUCAUCUCUAUAAUCAGUCAUUUGUUCAAAAGGAGGAGAAGUCAAAGGAAUAGAAGAGGUGCAGGCCCCGCCAGGAGCCAGAAAGCCAGCCAAGCCUCCACCGAGAGCCCCAUACUUCUGCAGCUCCGGGAACUGUGGAGACGGGGGUGUGAGAUGAAGCAGCAUGUUCUCCAGAUGUGCCCAAGACCACGCCCCGAGGGACACAGCUGUCAUCUGGGUUUUUGCAGAAACCACUCUCCCUUCUUUCAGGCGUGGUCUUGGGCAAAUUCUCUGCCCCUGUUUUCUGUUUUACACAUUGAAGACCCCUGGGAUUGUCCUGGGAUAUUUUACCCAUAUAUUCAAGACUCUUUGAAGCCCCUCGCCUGUGUCCUGACGAAGGAAAUGGCUCAUUCUGAACAGAUGUGACCGAAUAUUUUUUAAUUUAGUUCAUAAAUAAAGCGUUACUCUAACAGAAUCACUGAGCCCACCGGCCCACAUCCUGGGGAUGAUUCUGAUCUCUCAGGCAUUCUGAAGGACCCUCUAACCUCGCCAACUAGCCCUGGCAGAUGGGUAAGAACAGAGGUAACCAGUGGAGCUCUGCCAGUCCACACCUGGGCAAGGAUCUGCCGGGUGACAACUCGAGAUCUUAGUCCUCCUGUAGUCAGCUGGUCAGAAGUGAUGGGGGGUGGGGGGAGCCUUGGUCAGAGGGCUGGGAGAGCACUUGUAUUUUACUCAUUAAUCAAUAAACUCCUGAGCAGUGUUGCGUGAGU